AUGUCUAGCUCUGAUAAAGUGUGUUGUGUCCCUGGAUGUGUGGAAAGUGGAAAGUCACACAAAAUCCUGCAUGGAUUUCCAAAUCCUGAUAAGGAAAGGGAAAGGUUCAAUUCUUGGGUGAUGUCAAUUGGAGGUGACAUAUUGGGAUUGAAUAAUAAAUAUAUCCACAAAUAUCGCCGUGUUUGUCAUGGACAUUUUGAAGGAAAAUAUAUCUUCUAUUCUAAUAGAAUUAGCAGAAUGGCUGUACCAACUUUAAAUUUACCAGGUCCCACAUCUCUUCCUAAGUUCAAAUCCUUUGAACGAGGACCACUAAAAUCUAUUCAAAAUUUC